AUGUCUAAUUCUGGUGAAGGUAAUGGUGGUGCUGCUCCUGCAGAGAACCAACCACAACAAGAAGAGGUUAAAGUCAUCACUUUAAAGAUCCAAUUACCUUCUUCCAUCUCCCCACAGAAUCAAACUGUUGAUGUUAAUUCAUCCCUUUCGGAAAACUUGGGUGAUAUUAAACAGUCCUUGACCAUUAUUCCAGCUUGCCAACAUCUUACAAGCUAUGAUAUUGUCUUCAAAGGUAUUAAGCUCACUGAAAUUUUCGACGAUGCAGCUGAUUUGGAGAGUAUUUUAUCGCAAUUGGAAUUACCUAUUGAGACUCUUGAUAUUUUGAACUUAUCUUUGAAGGAGAAACCUUACAAUUUGAGUGGUGUUUAUGAACAUAUUCUCAAGUUUAGAGAAGUUAUUGGCUUGCACUUUUUGGACAGAACUGCUUCAGAUUUAGGUGUUGCCGGGGGUCUUUCCAAGUUCAAUGACGUCGAAUUAACUGAAGUUAAACAAAAUGAAAAUUCUAAAGAAUCUACUCCCGAAGAAGGUGGAAAUGAUGAAAAAGAACCAGAAGUGGAAUUAAGCGAUGAGGAAAAGGCUAAUAUCAUCCGUGUCUCUGACCAAUUUAUCUCUGGUGAAACUACUUCUAUCUCUAACCAUGGAAAUUUUUCAAGUGUGAUAAAUGAUUUGAAGAUUCCAAUUAAAUCUUUGUCUAUUUCUCAAUGGUCUCCAGUCCCUCCAGCUCAAAAAACUAAAGGUGAUUUGUUAUACUUAACUUUACAAACUUUAGAAGGUGAAAUCAUUCAUAUAACAUGUCAUUUAUCUGGUUUCUUUGUGAAUAGAUCUUCAACCGCUAGAUUCAACCCAAUUAUCAAGAUUAACGAAAAGGGUUCUUUCCAUAAAGAUUUCAUCUUGUACAAUUUGGUAAGUUCUAUUUCCCCAUUAUUUGCUAAAACUAUAGCUGAAAAUGAAUUAAUGUUAGGUCAAUCAACUAAAUACCCUGAGACUUAUUUAUUACCAACCAACACCCAAUUAUCUUAUCCAUGGUUAGCCAAUCCAGAAAUUUCCGUUGUUCAACCUGAUUCUUCUAGAGCUCAAUUACCUGCUAUUUCUUUUGGUGUCGAUGGUUCUGAUUUUGUUAAAGAUUGGAAUGAUGACUUCCAAGCUAUUAAAGAAUUACCUAAAGAUACCAUCAACCAAAGAAUUUUAAGGGAAAGAUUGAUCAACAAAUCAUUAUUCGAAUUUAAAAAAGUGGCCACCGAAACUGCCAUUGAAAUCAUCAAAGGUAAUCUUUCUUCUUUAAAUCCUAAUGAACAAUACGACAGACAAAUUUAUUUGAAGAAUGGUGUUUUCUACUCUUUUAGUGUUGAUGCAACUGGUGCUUUUGAGAAUACCGGUGAUGAUGAAGCUGCAAGAUAUGCUGCUUCUAAAGACUUGGCAGGGGUUAGAAUUUUGAAUCAUAUUGACGCUGAUGGUAUUCAUAACUUGGUGACCUGUAUUGUUGACUACUUAGGUGAAAGAAUCAUUUGUCAAGCUCCUGUACCAGGUAUUUUCAAUAGCCCAGAACCGGUUGAUGAAGAAGGAGCUGAACCAGCUGAUAAAGUUGCUUAUGGUUUGACCACUGAUCACUCAAGUGUUUUAGCUAAUGAAAAAUUCAAUAAUGCUUUAAAACCAAUCGCUCAAGCUUUACACGUAAAGCCACAUUCUGUUGAACUUGAAAGCGGUGUCAAAUCCAAUGGUGAACUUAACACUUCUAAAGACAUUAAGGGUAUUAUUGGUACAGACGAUCGUAAGUACGUUAUUGAUUUAUACAGAACUACUCCACUUGAUAUUGAAUUCAUUGAAUCUCAUUACGAUGAAUCAAAAGAAACUUCUUAUCCUCAUAGAGAAGCCGUAAUUAGACACGAAGCUGUUGAAGAGUGGUAUAAGAGAAAAGUUGCCGCUUUCUUAAAAGUUGAAACUGAACGUUUAGAAAAGGAAGGUAAACCUUUGGAAACCACUGAAGGGGAAAAACCUCAAAUUAAUAUUCCUUAUGAUCAAAUUGUUCUUAAUCCUGAUGUUUUCACUGGUGUCAAUGAGAACAAAGAAGAACAAGAAGAUGUUAGAUACCUCUCCAACUUCAUCAAGGAUAAAUUGGUUGAAGAAUUUUUGGAUCAAAUCGGUAAAUCUGUUGUUCCAUUUGACGGUAAUAACUUGACUGAUGUCUUACAUAGACAAGGUAUCAACAUGAGAUACUUAGGUAUUCUUGCUGAACAAUGUUUAGUCAAAAAAGACGCCAGAUUAGCUGAAAUUGAGGAAUCUUCAAAAGCUAAUCUUGAAAAAGUCGAAGCCAAAAAAGCUGAUGAUGCUAAAAAGGCUGAAGAAGAAAAAGCCAAAUCUCCAGAGACCAGACAAAAGGAAGCUGAAGAAAAAGCUAAGAAUGAAGCCGAAGAAGCUAAGGAUGAAAAUAAAGAAAAAGAACAAACCAAUCUCAACAUUGAUUCCUCAGUUUCUCAUUACAAUGCUCUUUACAAGGUCCUUGUUCAAGAAAUGGUUGCCAGAGCUGUUAAACAUUUAUUACGUAAAUUAGGUAAACUUGUCCCAGUUUACUUGAAAAAUGAAUUUGUUUCUCAUUUCCAUAACUGUUUAUUUGGAGCAGGAAUCAAUGAAAAUCCUGAUGUCCAAAUUGAUGAUGUUUUGAAAUCUUUCUACAAUGAAGAAGACUUUGAAUUUUCUAAGUUGAAUACUGCAAGUGUUUUGGAAUUAAUCAAAUCCGAAGUCUUCGUUCGUUAUAGAUAUGAUUUACCAAAUUACUGGAAUAGUGACUUAAUUAGACCAUUACAGUUAUUCAGAGAAAUUGCUCUUAAAUUUGGUAUUCAAUGGAAAGCGCAAGAUUACGGUUUUACCAAAGAAAGCUUUGAUGCUAUCAAAGACAAAUUAUCUAUUCAAUCUCAAGUUGUUGAAACUACCAAAACCAAAAAGAAUAAGAAGAAGCAUUCUAAAGACCAACAACAAGUUGUUGAAGUUGUUACUCCACGUACUACCAUCUUUGUAGCCGAUGAUAUUGUGAAUUUCGUCCCUAUCGUUAAAGACUCUACUUAUAAGGCUCUUUUACUUGAUGAAAUUUUCGAAACUGCUAGGCUUCAAAUUUACAAGGGUGAUACUGAAAUUGGUGUUAACUUAUUGACUGAAUUGGCUUCAAUUUAUGAACAAGUUUAUGGUGGUGUUCAUCAACAAACCACUAAAUUCAACUCACUUUUAGCACAAUCAUAUGCUGACUUAGGAUUCAAGACCGAAGCUUGUAAUGUUGCUCGUAAGGCAUGUAUUUUAAGUGAGAGAACCAACGGUUUUGAUUCUUAUGAAACCAUUACCAAUUACAUUAAUGCAGCAUUUUUGGAAGCUGCAAAUGGUGACUUUGUUAAUGCUUUCCACUUGUACAAAAAGGCUUUUGAUGAUUGGAGCUUCGUUUUUGGUGAAGGACAUCCAUCAUCUGUCAAUACUUUAUCUAAUUUAGCUGAAAUUUUGGGUGAACAUAAAUUAUUCAAACAAUCUGAAAAAUUCUAUUUAGCUGCUAUUGAAGCUUCUGAUAAAUUAAAUGAUGAUUCCUCUUCUAUCAGUACCAUGCUUAGAUACAAAUAUGCAUUUGUCUUAUUACAAGAAGGUAAAUAUGAAGAAUCCUUAAAAGUUUUCAAAAAAGUUGCUGAAGGUCUUGAUAAAUUAGUUGGACCAGAAGACCGUUUGAAUAAAGAUGUUUCCGCAUUGGUUGGUAACAUUGGUACUUACUUAGCAUAUAAUGAACAUCAAGCUGCAGAAAAGAGAAAAGUGUUAGCUCAACAAGCCGCAGCUCAUAAGGGUAAGUUUAAAGUUAAAUCAGUUACUGAAGCUCCAUCUGCACCAGUCAAGAAUGGUAAGAAAGCAAAGAAACAAUCAGCCCAACCAAAUCCCGAAAUUGCCACUCAAUCUGUUGAUGAUAUUUUAAAUUUCAUUGAAGGUUCAUCUAAAGGUAAAAAAAAUGGUAAAAACUCAAAGAAAUCAAAAAAGUAA